GCCGGGCUCGACAUUAAUGACACCCCAGGGCGCCUCCAUGCUGCUCGCUGGCCGACUACCAGGGCCAUCUGCGAGCUCCUACCCCUGCCCUCCAGCUGUUACUCGCGCCAGAGGCGGAGCUGUGGGCCCGGCCCUUCCGGGUGCCCGUACUUUACCGGGGCCGGGAGAUCGGCGGGAGGCGGCGCGACCUGGGGACGCUUGCUCUUCAGCGGCGAGCCCUGAUGACGUCAUCGAGGGCCAGCCCUUCCACCCGCGACGCGCCUCCGAGCUGCACCGGAGCAUGAGGAUCUUAUGGCGGCCAUUUGGAUUCUUAAGAAGACUUCUCAAAGUGGAAAGCUGUAGAAUAACUGAAUCAGAAUCAUUGAGCCCAAUAGCUUGGACAUCACUGAUACAGAAACUUAGCAGAGCAGCCGGUAUUUUCUUGGUGGAUCAAAGAAAAAGACUCUCAACCAUGCCUGAAAUGGAAACAAGUGAGAGAGAGUCAGAAUUGUUUUCACCACCCUCUGAUGUUCGAGGAAUGACAAAACUUGAUAGAACAGCUUUUAAAAAAACAGUCACCAUCCCAGUGCUUAAAGUAAGGAAAGAAAUUGUCAAUAAAUUGAUACGAUCCCUUAAAAGGGCAGCAUUGCAGCGACCGGGCAUAAAACGUGUUAUUGAAGAUCCAAAAGAUGAAGAAAGCAGACUAAUUAUGUUGGAUCCCUAUAAAAUGUUUACUAAUGAUUCCUUUGAGGAAGCAGAACUCACUGUUUUAAAGCAGCUUAAUGUCAGUCCACAGAUAUCUAAGUAUAAUUUGGAACUAACUUAUGAAAACUUUAAAUCAGAAGAAAUCUUGAGAGCUGUGCUUCCUGAAGGUCAAGAUGUGACUUCGGGAUUUAGCAGAGUUGGACAUAUUGCCCACCUGAACCUUCGAGAUCAUCAACUACCUUUCAAGCAUUUAAUUGGCCAAGUUAUGAUCGACAAAAAUCCAGGAAUCACCUCAGCAGUAAAUAAAAUCAACAAUAUUGAUAAUACUUACCGAAAUUUCCAAAUGGAAGUGCUAUCUGGUGAGGAGAACAUGAUGACCAAGGUUCGAGAAAACAACUACACCUAUGAAUUUGAUUUUUCAAAAGUCUAUUGGAAUCCCCGUCUCUCUACAGAACACAGCCGUAUCACAGAACUUCUCAAACCUGGAGAUGUCCUGUUUGAUAUUUUUGCUGGGGUUGGGCCCUUUGCCAUUCCAGCAGCAAAGAAAAACUGCACUGUAUUUGCCAAUGAUCUCAAUCCUGAAUCCUACAAAUGGCUAUUGCACAACUGUAAAUUAAAUAAAGUGGACAAAAAGGUAAAAGUCUUUAACUUGGAUGGGAAAGACUUCCUCCAAGGACCAGUCAGAGAAGAGUUAAUGCAGCAGUUGGGACCACUGUCAAAAGAAAGAAAACACUCUGUGCACAUUGUCAUGAACUUACCAGCAAAGGCUAUGGAGUUUCUCGGUGCUUUCAAAUCACUUUUGGAUGGGCAACCAUGCAGCAGUGAGCUCCUUCCCAUAGUGCACUGUUACAGUUUUUCCAAAGAUGCGAAUCCUGCUAAGGAUGUUCAGCAACAAGCUGAAGCUGUGUUGGGCAUUUCCCUGGAUGCGUGCAGUUCAGUUCACCUAGUAAGAAAUGUGGCCCCUAACAAGGAAAUGUUAUGCCUCACCUUUCAGGUUCCUGCAGCUAUACUCUACAAGGACCAGACCCUAGAUCUAGAGAAUCAUGAAGAUCCUCCACCUCUUAAACGCCAGAGGACAGAUAAAGCCUUUUCAGAAGACAAAACCACCUUUGCUUAAAUCACUUUAAUUGGAAAUGUUUUCUCCAUCUCCCCACUAGAUUGUUAUGUAGUAAAAUAUAAUUUGUAUGAUUUCAUAAAAUUUUAGCAUUUGGUUACUUUAGUAUUGAACUAUUAUAUUUAACCCUUUCUGUUUUAUAAAUUGAGGAUUAUCAAAUAAAAGUUUAAAUGAAAUAAGUCUACUAAACAUUUUUAUUACCUAAAUUAUACUACAUAAUUAUAAUUUUAUAAUCUAAGUUACUUAAACGUGUUUAAAUAUGUCUGUCUCUUGGGAAAAUAGUUUUUGAAGGCAGGGUAGUUACGUGCUAACUAGGAAAGCACUAAUAUCACUGCAGUUAUCCUUAGCUGAAGACUAUAGCUAAGUUUUAUAUAGUAUUCUUAUACUAUCACUAUAAAAGUAAUAAAAAUGAGAUUAUUUAGAUCAGGGAUAUGCAAACCAUGUCUGGCAUGCCAAUUCUGGCCUACCACCUGUUUUUGUAUGACAAGUAGCUUGAGAAUGGUUCUUAUAUUUUUAAAUCAUUGAUAAAGAAUCAAAAUAACAUUUUGGAUAUGAAAACUAUAUGAAAUUUAACUUUCAGUGUCCAUAAAUAAAGUUUUAUUGGAAUA